UUGGGAGAGGGAGGGGCGAUGUGAUGGGCCGCGAGUAGGCAGCGGGGCCUGUCCCGCGGACGAGCCCGUCUGCGCAGCCGGAGGGAAAAGUAGUUCCCAGAGGGUGUUGGAAUAGCGAGGAGGGAGGCGGCGCGGACGGAGGCGCACGCCGGCCGCGGUGCUGCGGCUCAGCUGAUAAUUGAAGGGACCCGAGGAGCCGCCGCCACCACCACCGCUGCCGCCGUCGGGGGGUGGGGGGAGCGAGUGGAAGUUAUUGCCGCGCCACCGAGUCCGGACCGGAGACUUUGGGGCCAAACUAGUGAAUGGUAGUGUCUAGAAAGGGUAUGUCCCUUCAAGAGAGAGGUGCCAAUGUCCAACCGGCCUAAUAACAAUCCAGGGGGGUCACUGCGACGUUCACAGAGGAACACUGCCGGGGCCCAACCACAAGACGACUCAAUAGGAGGAAGAAGCUGCAGUUCAUCAUCUGCUGUCAUAGUUCCACAACCAGAGGAUCCAGAGAGAGCCAAUACUUCAGAAAGGCAAAAAACGGGGCAGGUGCCUAAGAAAGACAAUUCUCGAGGAGUGAAACGCAGUGCUAGUCCAGACUACAACAGGACCAAUUCUCCUAGCUCUGCAAAAAAACCAAAAGCACUUCAGCAUACUGAACCUCCCUCAGAAACAAAUAAGCCACAUAGUAAGUCAAAGAAGAGACAUUUAGACCAGGAGCAACAACUGAAAUCUGCACAAUCGCCAUCAACAAGCAAGGCUCAUACCAGAAAGAGUGGGGCCACUGGUAGUUCGCGGAGUCAGAAAAGAAAGAGGACAGAGAGUUCUUGUAUAAAGAGUGGUUCUGUGUCUGAGUCAACUGGUGCCGAAGAGAGAUCUGCAAAACCUACCAAGCUGGCUUCAAAAUCAGCCGCCUCAGCCAAAGCUGGGUGUAGCACCAUCACUGAUUCUUCUUCUGCUGCCUCUACUUCCUCCUCAUCUUCUGCUGUAGCCUCGGCCUCGUCCACUGUACCACCAGGUGCCAGGGUAAAACAAGGAAAAGACCAGAACAAGGCCAGGCGUUCCCGUUCAGCAUCCAGUCCCAGUCCCAGAAGAAGUAGCAGGGAAAAGGAACAGAGUAAAACUGGUGGCUCUUCAAAAUUUGAUUGGGCUGCUCGUUUCAGCCCUAAAGUUAGCCUUCCUAAAACAAAACUGUCUCUUCCAGGGUCUUCUAAGUCAGAGACAUCAAAACCUGGACCUUCUGGAUUACAGGCCAAAUUAGCAAGCUUAAGAAAAUCUACCAAGAAGCGCAGUGAAUCCCCACCUGCUGAGCUCCCCAGUUUGAGGCGGAGCACACGCCAAAAGACCACGGGCUCCUGUGCUAGUGCCAGUCGGCGAGGCUCUGGCCUGGGCAAAAGAGGAGCAGCUGAAGCUCGUCGACAGGAGAAAAUGGCUGACCCUGAGAGCAACCAGGAGACAGUCAAUUCUUCAGCUGCAAGGACAGACGAAACUCCCCAAGGAGCUGCAGCCUCUAGUUCUGUGGCAGGGGCUGUGGGCAUGACCACCUCCGGGGAGAGUGAAUCAGAUGACUCUGAGAUGGGACGAUUACAAGCUCUGUUAGAGGCUAGGGGUCUUCCUCCUCACCUGUUUGGCCCUCUUGGUCCUCGGAUGUCACAGCUUUUCCACAGAACAAUUGGAAGUGGAGCUAGUUCUAAGGCCCAGCAGCUUCUGCAAGGACUACAAGCAAGUGAUGAAAGCCAGCAACUCCAGGCAGUCAUUGAAAUGUGUCAGUUAUUGGUUAUGGGAAAUGAGGAGACACUGGGAGGGUUUCCUGUCAAGAGUGUUGUUCCAGCUUUGAUAACAUUACUGCAGAUGGAACAUAAUUUUGAUAUUAUGAACCAUGCUUGUCGAGCCUUAACAUACAUGAUGGAAGCCCUUCCUCGAUCAUCUGCUGUUGUGGUAGAUGCGAUUCCUGUCUUUUUAGAAAAGCUGCAAGUAAUUCAGUGUAUUGAUGUGGCAGAGCAGGCUUUGACCGCCUUGGAGAUGUUAUCGCGUAGACACAGUAAAGCCAUUCUACAAGCAGGUGGUUUGGCAGACUGCUUGCUAUAUCUAGAGUUCUUCAGCAUAAAUGCCCAAAGAAAUGCACUAGCAAUUGCAGCCAAUUGCUGCCAGAGUAUCACACCAGAUGAAUUUCAUUUUGUGGCAGAUUCCCUCCCAUUGCUUACCCAAAGGCUAACUCACCAGGACAAAAAGUCAGUAGAAAGCACUUGCCUUUGUUUUGCACGUCUAGUGGACAACUUCCAACAUGAGGAGAAUUUACUCCAGCAGGUUGCCUCCAAAGAUCUGCUUACAAAUGUUCAACAGUUAUUGGUAGUGACUCCACCAAUUUUAAGUUCCGGAAUGUUUAUAAUGGUGGUCCGCAUGUUUUCUCUGAUGUGUUCCAACUGUCCAACUUUAGCCGUUCAACUUAUGAAGCAAAACAUUGCAGAAACACUUCACUUCCUCCUGUGUGGUGCCUCCAAUGGGAGCUGUCAGGAACAGAUUGAUCUUGUUCCACGCAGCCCUCAAGAACUGUAUGAACUGACAUCUCUGAUUUGUGAACUUAUGCCAUGCUUACCAAAAGAAGGCAUUUUUGCAGUUGAUACCAUGCUGAAGAAGGGAAAUGCUCAGAACACAGAUGGUGCGAUAUGGCAGUGGCGUGACGACCGGGGCCUUUGGCAUCCUUAUAACAGGAUUGACAGCCGGAUCAUUGAGCAAAUCAAUGAGGACACGGGAACAGCACGUGCCAUUCAGAGAAAACCUAACCCUUUAGCCAAUACUAACACUAGUGGAUACUCAGAGUUAAAGAAGGAUGAUGCUCGAGCACAGCUUAUGAAAGAGGAUCCGGAACUGGCUAAGUCUUUUAUUAAGACAUUAUUUGGUGUUCUUUAUGAAGUGUAUAGUUCCUCAGCAGGACCUGCGGUCAGACAUAAGUGCCUUAGAGCAAUUCUUAGGAUAAUUUAUUUUGCUGAUGCUGAACUUCUGAAGGAUGUCCUGAAGAAUCAUGCUGUUUCAAGUCACAUUGCUUCCAUGCUAUCAAGCCAAGACCUGAAGAUAGUAGUUGGAGCCCUUCAGAUGGCAGAAAUCUUAAUGCAGAAGUUACCGGAUAUUUUUAGUGUUUACUUCAGAAGAGAAGGUGUAAUGCAUCAAGUAAAACACCUCGCAGAAUCGGAGUCUUUGUUGACAAGCCCACCAAAGGCGUGUACGAAUGGGUCAGGAUCCUUGGGGUCCACGACGUCAGUGAGCAGUGGAACAGCCACGGCUGCCACGAAUGCUGCAGCUGACUUGGGGUCCCCCAGCUUGCAGCACAGCAGAGAUGAUUCUUUAGAUCUGAGCCCUCAAGGUCGAUUAAGUGAUGUUCUAAAGAGAAAACGACUGCCAAAACGAGGGCCAAGAAGGCCAAAGUAUUCACCUCCAAGAGAUGAUGACAAAGUAGACAAUCAAGCUAAAAGCCCCACUACUACUCAGUCACCUAAAUCUUCUUUCCUGGCAAGCUUGAAUCCAAAAACCUGGGGAAGGUUAAGUGCACAGUCCAACAGCAGCAUUGAACCAACACGAACUGCGGGAGUUAGUGGCCUUGCCAGGGCUGCCUCAAAGGACACCAUAUCCAAUAAUAGAGAAAAAAUUAAAGGUUGGAUUAAGGAGCAGGCACAUAAAUUUGUUGAGCGUUACUUCAGUUCUGAGAACAUGGAUGGAAGCAACCCCGCACUGAAUGUCCUUCAGAGACUUUGUGCUGCAACUGAACAACUCAACCUCCAGGUGGAUGGUGGAGCUGAGUGCCUUGUAGAAAUCCGUAGCAUAGUCUCAGAGUCAGAUGUUUCAUCAUUUGAAAUCCAACAUAGUGGAUUUGUGAAGCAGCUGUUGCUGUAUUUGACUUCUAAAAGUGAAAAGGAUGCUGUGACCAGAGAUAUCAGACUGAAGAGAUUUCUUCAUGUAUUUUUUUCUUCUCCACUUCCUGGAGAAGAGCCCAUUGGAAGAGUGGAACCAGUGGGCAAUGCACCUUUGUUGGCAUUAGUUCACAAGAUGAACAACUGCCUCAGCCAGAUGGAACAGUUUCCGGUCAAAGUGCAUGACUUCCCCAGCGGAAAUGGGACAGGAGGCAGCUUUUCUCUUAACAGAGGAUCACAGGCUUUAAAAUUUUUCAACACACACCAGUUAAAAUGCCAGUUACAGAGACAUCCAGACUGUGCAAAUGUGAAGCAGUGGAAGGGUGGACCUGUCAAGAUUGACCCCUUGGCUUUGGUGCAAGCUAUCGAGAGAUACCUUGUAGUUAGAGGUUAUGGAAGAGUAAGAGAAGAUGAUGAAGACAGUGAUGAUGAUGGAUCUGAUGAGGAAAUAGAUGAGUCUCUGGCUGCGCAGUUCCUAAAUUCAGGAAAUGUAAGACACAGGCUACAGUUUUACAUCGGAGAACAUUUGCUACCGUAUAACAUGACUGUGUAUCAGGCAGUGCGGCAGUUCAGUAUACAGGCUGAAGAUGAAAGGGAAUCCACAGAUGAUGAGAGCAAUCCUCUAGGAAGAGCUGGUAUUUGGACGAAGACUCAUACAAUAUGGUACAAACCUGUAAGAGAGGAUGAAGAAAGUAAUAAAGAUUGUGUUGGUGGUAAAAGAGGAAGAGCCCAAACAGCUCCAACAAAAACUUCUCCCAGAAAUGCAAAAAAACAUGAUGAGUUAUGGCACGAUGGAGUGUGCCCAUCAGUAUCAAAUCCUUUAGAAGUUUACCUCAUACCCAUGCCACCUGAAAAUAUAACUUUUGAAGACCCAUCAUUAGAUGUGAUUCUUCUUUUAAGAGUUUUACAUGCCAUCAGUCGAUACUGGUAUUACUUGUAUGAUAAUGCAAUGUGCAAGGAGAUUAUUCCAACUAGUGAAUUUAAUAACAGUAAGUUGACAGCAAAAGCCAAUAGACAGCUUCAAGAUCCUUUAGUAAUCAUGACAGGAAACAUCCCAACAUGGCUCACUGAACUAGGAAAAACCUGCCCGUUUUUCUUCCCCUUUGAUACCCGGCAAAUGCUUUUUUAUGUAACUGCAUUUGAUCGGGACCGAGCAAUGCAAAGAUUACUUGAUACCAACCCAGAAAUCAACCAGUCUGAUUCUCAAGAUAGCAGAGUUGCACCUAGAUUGGAUAGAAAAAAACGUACUGUGAACAGAGAGGAGCUGCUGAAACAAGCUGAGUCUGUGAUGCAGGAUCUCGGCAGCUCAAGGGCCAUGUUAGAAAUCCAGUAUGAAAACGAGGUUGGCACAGGUCUUGGGCCUACACUGGAGUUUUAUGCACUUGUAUCUCAGGAACUACAGAGGGCUGACUUGGGUCUCUGGAGAGGUGAAGAAGUAACUCUUAGCAAUCCAAAAGGAAGCCAAGAAGGGACCAAGUACAUUCAAAACCUCCAGGGCUUGUUUGCCCUUCCCUUUGGUAGGACAGCAAAGCCAGCUCACAUUGCAAAAGUUAAGAUGAAGUUUCGCUUCUUAGGAAAACUAAUGGCAAAGGCUAUCAUGGAUUUCAGAUUGGUGGACCUGCCUCUUGGCUUACCCUUUUAUAAGUGGAUGCUUCGGCAAGAAACUUCACUGACAUCCCACGAUUUGUUUGAUAUUGACCCAGUUGUAGCCAGAUCAGUGUAUCACCUAGAAGACGUUGUCAGACAGAAGAAAAGACUUGAACAAGAUAAAUCCCAGACCAAAGAGAGUCUACGAUAUGCAUUAGAAACCCUGACUAUAAAUGGCUGCUCAGUUGAAGAUCUAGGAUUGGAUUUCACCCUGCCAGGGUUUCCCAACAUUGAACUGAAGAAAGGAGGAAAGGAUAUACCUGUCACUAUCCACAACCUAGAAGAGUAUCUAAGACUGGUUAUAUUCUGGGCACUAAAUGAAGGUGUUUCCAGGCAAUUCGAUUCAUUCAGAGAUGGAUUUGAAUCAGUCUUCCCACUCAGUCACCUUCAGUACUUCUACCCAGAAGAACUGGAUCAACUCCUGUGUGGCAGUAAAGCAGACACUUGGGAUGCAAAGACACUGAUGGAAUGCUGCAGGCCAGAUCACGGUUAUACUCACGACAGCCGGGCUGUGAAGUUUUUGUUUGAGAUUCUCAGUAGUUUCGAUAAUGAGCAGCAGAGGUUGUUUCUCCAGUUUGUGACAGGCAGCCCGAGGUUGCCGGUUGGAGGCUUCCGGAGUUUGAACCCACCCUUGACGAUUGUCCGGAAGACAUUCGAAUCAACAGAAAACCCAGACGACUUCUUGCCCUCCGUAAUGACUUGUGUGAACUAUCUUAAGUUGCCGGACUAUUCGAGCCUUGAGAUAAUGCGGGAGAAACUGUUGAUAGCAGCGAGAGAAGGGCAGCAGUCAUUCCAUCUUUCCUGAUCACACCGAGAAAUGCAUUGUCUGCCUGUUACAGCAAAAGAAAAAAAAAUCAUGAUUUCUUUUCUAAAUGUAUCACCUGAGUCAAGCAAACAUGUUACACCUUCUUGUUGUAGGAAAAACGGCUUGCAGGUCAUAAAAGAGACUCUUGGUUGAUAUUCAUUAAUGGCCCCAUGGACUUAAAGUGAUCAGGCCCUAAAACAUUGUUGUGAUGAGGUUUCUUUAGCAAGUUCUUGUUUAAAUUAUCAUUUAUUUGAUGAGUGAAGUUUUUAACUUGCUUUGCUGUGUGAAAUUUAAAAAAAGGGAUGUUUUUCCAGGCUGAAACAAUAAAUGUCGCUGUGCAGUUUAAUUCUGGGCUGUGUGUAUCCAUCUAGCUAAGUCUGCAGUUUUGUUUCCUCCAAAGACAACCCUUGUACAUAAGAACAGAAACUAAAGCUCACGCAUAUUCGACAAAUACAGUUCAGUAGGUUAGCUCUGUGUACUUUUCACUUCCCUCUGAUUUUCUCUCCCCAUUCAUGUAUUACCUGUGCAGCUCACAGUUCUUUUGUAUAUGACAUUCAGUUGUUACAUUUUCACUAGUCAUGGGCUUUGUUGUUCUGUGUUCUCUCAAAUUAAAAUAUAAUUUAAAAGUCAAUGAAUUGACACAUAUCGUCAAUGUAAUUCAGCCUUUAUGACUGGGUGGACUUUUCGUAGAGCCUAGUUUUAGCAUAGUUGUAGGGUAUUACUGGCGUUCUACCAUUGACACACUAGGAAUGUUUACAUGGUGAUUCCAGCAACUACAGCCCCGGGGGAGAGGCAAGGAAGAGCUCAUUCACUCAUUUCUCUUGUGUAGGUUACAAAGUCUACAGCCUGGGCAGGCUGGUAUGUAUUACUCAUUCUAUGGCCAGAGCAUUUUGACUUGAUGUGACAUUUUAAAGAAAAAAAUGAGCAAUUUUCAUUCCCUGUUGGAGUAAAAAGGACUUUUUUUCCUCCAAUGUUCUUGUUUUAAGUUUUUGUUCAUAGUCUUCCGCUCUGCUCUCCCCGUCCGCCCAUCGCUGACUUGGGACACGCAGUUCAGCCCCUGUCUCCACACGGAGAAAGCGCCUGUAAACGGUGCUCUGUCCAGUAGUUUUAUGUGCCCAUUUCUCAAGUCUGCAAUAAUCCGUCAGGUUCAUGUUUCUACCUGAAAAUAAACACUGUUUCCUUCACCUUUUUGUUCACAGUUCUGUGCUGUAUGCAUAAUUGGUGUAGGUGUAUUUCGACGCAAGUAAAUCAUUACAUCUCCAUGAUUCUGCGUCGUGGCUGAUUUUGCUAUUCACAGAAUUUAUAACAGCAACUUGAACAUAAAAUGUGGAGAGAAAAUGGGAGGGGAUUAAUUCCUUCCUAAGAUUCAAAAUGAAGCCUGUUGCAUAAAUUUGAGAGAAUUUCCAUAAUAUAUUUUCUAAAUGAGAGCUGAGCUCAUGUUUUUAAUUGACCUUCGAGAAAUCAAUUUUCUUUUGUUUUAGUGACUGUUCCAAAGUCUUACUUGAUUGAUGUAGAAGCCCCUUUGUCCCCCAUCCCACCACCGGAAAGAAAUGGAGAGUGGCUUGUUUUAUUUCAACGACUGUCGUUUUUCACUUAAAUGGCCUUACGUGGAGCAUCCCCACAACGGGAGCUCAUCCCCACAGGGCGCGUCCCUUCACAGUGAACCCAGGCAGUGACCCUGUUAAGUGUGAGGGUCUGUAUGAAGAGCUCAGGGUCCUGCCUCCCUGGCCCCUGAAGAGGCUCUGACAGGUGAGGGCAGCUGUACCUGGAUACCGAGGACGGGCACUGCAUAGCUGCAGCUCUACCCGCGUAGGAGCUACACAAUUGAACGAGGCAGCAUUAGGGUUAAAGAAAGAACCGAUUUGUUUCUACUAUUCUGAUACCUUUUUACAAACCAAGCACAAAGAUUUUUGCGUGAACAAAGCCUUGUGUUCCUCAUUUUUUUUACAGGGUUCUAUUGUUAAAAUUUAGAUGUGUAUAGACAAAGUAAUGUUUCAUAUUAAACUAAUACUGUGUUAGACAUUUUCUCCAUAUUGUGGCCCCAGCAGAUUUGGCCUCACUGGUUCAGCGUCUAGUGAGUACAUGGGAUGGUUUGGAAUCCCAUUCUGGAGCCUGAGGGUUUCAGAGCUGGUACUCAUCUGUUCAAGUGCUCUCAGCCUUGAGCCUACACCUUCCUCAACAGCCCCCUGUUAGUUAGGGGCAGGAAGACUCUUCCCAUUUUUAAAGCAAUCUGUCUUGGCAGAGGCCUUAAUACUGCGUUGUAGGGAAAAAGUGUUAACUUCAUUUGCUGUUACUCCAGGUAUGCCUUAAAUUUAUUUGCUCAGUAAUCUUAUCAAUAAGCACUAAUUUCUAAAUAUGCUUUACACACUUAGACAAUUGCAUAGUGACUUGAGGUUUUGUUGUCAGGUGUUAGCUAACACCAAGUAUACUGUGUCAUUCAGCAGUUACUGAUUGAUCUGCUUUGUGUAUGAGAACAUAAUUUUAACAAUUUCAUUUUAAGAAGGAAAGGUGAGGUAGUUAACGUGUAAUCCCCUCUUCCUGGUACUUCUCCCUGGCCCCAAGUGAUCUGUAAAUUCUAGGUAGUUAAUUGGGGGCAGACAUGGAGAAAGCUCGAGAUGCCUUAGCCAGAUCCAGAGGAAACCUUCCACACAGCCACUCUUAAGGAUACAGAUUUCUCUCUUCCUGUUCUUCAGCUUUGGUUCCCUGUGUUUGUAGUGAUAGAGAACUUCCUCUCACCUUUGCAAUUUAUAAAGAAGUAGUGCCCAAAGUCCCCGUUUCCUGCGUUUGACACGUGUUCAGUACGUCCACAAAAAGGCUGUGACCAGUCACUUCCUGAACUUCCCGUAAAGGCCAUAAUAAGGCGGAGGGAGAGCGUCCCAACCUCUGCAUCCAAGAAAUUAGACUCAAGUCUUGGUUUUUCCACACAAAGGAUAAUUGCCAGCGACUUGGAGGUCUGUCUGCCCUCUGCUUCAUUGGGUUUUGAGGCCAUGCCCCUGAUGUUCGUCAGUGAGUAUGAACUCAGGAGAUGGCCAUGUCGCUGAUUUUCCAAGAAAAUGUGAUGAAGAAAGGAGAAAGACCUAUCAGUGCAUUCAGAAACCACAUCUUUUGGGGCAUUCUGGAUGCUGUUGUCCAUUUUCCAGUAGCAAAGAUGAUCAAACUCUUAAUCCAUUUAUCUUAGUCUUUGGAUUUUUUGACCCAUUUUUCCCUACUGUAAUGAUAUUGUUUGGAAACGUCAUACUCUGUAUUUCUAAUUUUCUGAGAAAUGCUUUUGUACGAGUCUUAGGUUUGCCAUGGCAGAAGCUGGCAUACAUGGUCCAGGAUAAUCUAGUAACAAAACACUGAAAAAUGCUUCCUUUGUUACCUCAAAAGAAAAAAAUUCCAAACAAAGUAUAGCAUUUAUAUUUCUAGAAAAUGGAGGAUUGGCUGUUUUCCAAGAAUUUCAAGUUAGUUCUCACGCAAGAAAAAGUUCUUAACUCUAAAGACUUAACCUGCAUAAAGGAAACAUUCUUUAAUAAUAGAAGAGGUGUUUUUAUUUUUACAACAAGCCUACUCAUAUGACCAAACCUAUAACAAAUUGCUGAUCUCCUGUGUAAAGCAUUUUUUUCCUCUUAUCUGAAACAGUGAUUUAUAUGAACUGUUGGAAUAAUGGAACCUCAAACUACAGAUGUGUAUGUAAAAUUGCAUAAAUGCACUGACUUCUCCCUGAAUAUAUUUUUAAUAAACAGCAUUAUCCUA